AUGGAGCAACACCGCGACGCCCCGGCUCACAUGGAAAUGUUCAGUUGCGCUGUCUGCACGAGGUUCUUUGGAGACCGCAAAGCUCUGGCGCAACACGAGGCGUCUCCCCCACACGUGAAGAUGGUGGCCGCAAACAGAAGCGCACCUUUGGUUGGCGCAGUUCAACCAACUCAUCCGCCUGUACCAGCUAUGGGCGAAAACUCCUCUGACUUCAUCGCUUUUGAAGACGAAGAUGCACGCGAUGAUUACGAGCAUGAGUUCAACAUGCGCGACACGCAUACAGUGUCAAACUUUAGCGACGAUGACCAGGACUGGGUCUUGUGCGACAAAGACUGCGGAUGGUGCGGACACUGUGGUGAUGCCGUCGAUUAUUGA